AUUAAGAAAAACAAUAACCUAAAUAAUCCCCCCUUUUGAUCGGCACCCCACCACGACACCCCAUCGGAACCACCAUCGUCGCUUCAUAAUCUCUUUUCUCGAUCCGACUCCUGCUUCCAAACAAAACCCAACCCAACCCAACCCAACCCUACUGCGGAUCCAAUCUCUCUCUAUCUCUCUCGAUUUGCUUUUGAUCAAUUUAACACCACCCCCUUUUCUUUUUCCAAUUUGAUCAACGGUGGUGUGGGCAGAUUCACAUCCCCUUUUUCUUCUUCAUUUUAGUUCUUAUCACCGGUAUAAUCGGCUUAUUAAACAUGCGGAGACAUGCGUGAGCGACCCUCCCUACAUAGACCAUGAUAUUACUUCAGUCUCACUCAAGAUAUCUCCUACAGAUCUUGACAAAUCGCGUUCAAAAUAUUGAUAAAGGAGUCGAGUUGGAUUGCCACUGGGUUGAAUUUGAUGAUGUUCGCUACCAUAUUCAGGCAUCAAUAAAGAAUCCACAUCUUCUACAUCUAUCGGUAUCACUCCCCGCUCCACCUCCAGAGACUGCUUUUUCAAGUGGUCUUCCACUUGGAGCCAUUGAGGCUAUAAAAGCAGCAUAUGGCACCGUUGUUCAUAUCCUUGAUCCUCCAAGAGACGGCUUUAACCUCACAGUUAAACUUAACUUGUCCAAACUUCCUCCAAAUGAAGAGAAUAAACAGGCUCUUUUGGUGAAGAUUGCAUCUGUGAGGGAGGUGGUGAUGGGGGCCCCGUUAAGGGUAAUCUUGAAGCGCCUUGCUUCAAGGUUUGUGCCUUCCAAUGCCGGAAUGCUUAUUCCCCUUGUGCACCGACCAAACGAAUCGUUCUUUCUUGUUCCUCAGGUAGAAAAAGCGACUGUGGUGUUUCCUAUGAGAUUCAGUGAUUCUAUCGAUACUGUUCUUGCAGCAUCGUUCUUACAGGAGUUUGUUGAAGCAAGACGCACUGCUGGACUUAAUAAUGCUCCUCUUUGUCUGUGGUCUUCUUCCCCUCCAAAUGAACUGAAGGAUGCUCCUGAACAAGCAUUAUCUGCAAAUGCAGGCUUUGUUUCCUUUGUUAUCUCCCCGCGCCAUGUAGAAGGAAAGAAACUGGACAAAACUGUUUGGAGCUUAUCAACGUUUCAUGCAUACGUGAAUUAUCAUGUUAAGUGUUCCGAAGGAUUUAUGCAUACUCGGAUGAGACGUCGAGUGGAAUCAUUGAUCCAGGCCCUGGAUCGGGCCAAGCCCGAUGACAAUGCAAAUAUAGCAGCCCAAAGCAAAUCCUUCAAAAGAUUGAGCAUUGAAGCUUCACGAGGAAAUUCGCAUUAGCGUGAAAUACUGCUAACUUUUGCAUGUCUUUUGUGCUGCACUUUGCAAAUGUAGCUGUUUAUUCCUGCAGGCACUUGUGCCUGAUGAACAUACUUUUUUUUCCCUUUUUUCAUUCGAGUAUAUUCUUCACUAGAGGUUGAAAGUGACUCAACAAUACUAUCCUUGUAGUGCUCCUGCUUUUCUUUUCUUUUAUUUCUUUCAGCUAUUAUUUAUACAAUUUCAACAGUUAACAUGGA